ACAUUUCGCUAGCGAGUGGACGAAAGGACAUACGCGAGGAUCUCAUUUUCACUAUAGCUACGUUAGACGUCUUGUCGAUAGUAUUCGAACUAGUCGUGUCGGUAUUUAAAAUGGCACAUAUUUUUUUAUAAUAUAAAUUUAUUUUUAGUAUUUAAUAUUAAUUAAUUGUUCGGUGUGUUGUAAACUAAACGAAAAUGGAUGAAGCCUUUGCACAUUUGGAGACGAAGAAGGACUCUAAGAGUAUCGCUCCGGAUGGGGGUUGGGGCUAUCUCGUCUGUCUCGGAGUGGGAUUCACAUUUAUGCUGGGAUUUGGAUCGUCGAAUGCGUUUGGUAUACUGUUCAACGACUUCUUCCUGGAGCAAGGCAGCGCCAGUGGCCUGCCGCUCGUCAUUGGCAUUUACAAUGGAGCGUUGUCUAUCUCUGGUUUUCUCAGCGGGAUUGCCCUGAAGAAGUACAGCUUCCGUCAGGUGGGGCUGGUGGGAGCCGGACUGUUCGUGUUGGGGGAUGUGCUCACCAUCUUCGUCCAGAAGACUUACCAGCUCGCCUUCACGUUUGGUGUUAUCCGAGGUGCCGGCUUCGGUGUGAUGAUACCCGUGAGCUACACAGCCUUCAACUGCUACUUCACCAAGAAGCGCACUGCCAUGAUGAGCGCCAACCAGACCAUGAGCAGUAUGGCGUCCAUCACCUUCCCCCUGCUGGUCACCUUCCUCCUCUCCGAGUACGGCUUCAGGUGGACCCUGGCCCUCAUCAUGGCCAUCGACCUGCAUCUGCUCUUCGCGAUGCUGGUGAUGCACCCCGUGGAAUGGCAUCUCAUAGACUUGAUCCCGCAAUACAAUGAUGACUCAGGCUCAGAAAUAUUCAAAACGGACCGCAAUAUCAAAAGCAUCUACAAUGACAAGACAGAAGAUUCCGUCGUCAAUAUUUUGCCAGAAGAAAAUAAAGCCGAGAUCAAACCCGCUUCGCAGCACCCCACGCGUGUUGAGUCCUAUAAGAAGAAUAUUAUUAAACUAUUAUACGAGAACGUGGAGUUGGACCUACUGAAGGACCCGCGGUUUGUGAGCACGCUCGUGGGACUGGGGUUCGCGUUCGUGUCCGACGUCACCUACCUCGCCAUGGAGCCCAUGCUCCUCUUCUCCUAUGAUUACACUAAGAUACAAGUAGCUACAUGUGUGAUGGUCGGUGCCAUAGCGGACCUGGUGGCGCGGUUCUCUCUUGCCGUCUUCACCUACUUCUACUAUGUCGACAGCAAGAAGAUCUUCUUCGUUGGAACAUGUCUAACCACAGUACUACGGAUAGCUCUGGUGAUGUGGGACAAUAUAAUCUUCAUCACUCUGAUCACCGCUGUGUCGGGGCUGGUGCGGUGUUCCGUACAGGUGAUGUUUCCUCUGGUGCUGGUGGCUGCGGCCCCAGAGCGGUUCCCGGCGGCGCUGGCGCUGCACAUCCUCUUCUCAGGGUCCCUCAUGCUCAUCGCGGACCCGUUAAUAGGUCUCAUUUACGACUCAACGGGCAGCUACGUAUACUGCUUCGUCGCCAUGAGUUUGUGCUGCCUGGUCUGCGUGUGCUCGUGGGUGGCGGAGUACAUCGUACAUAGAGGGAGGACACCGAAACAGGUCACUAAAACCUGAUGCACCCAACGAUAUAGUGCAACCAGAUUCACGCAGUUCACGUUUUAUUGUUUUACUAGC